AUGGCCGACAUACAUCGUCUGCUGCGUCGUUUGCACCGAAGACGUGCCCGUGGACGCCGUGCGCCUAUUUUUAGAAGGCUAGAAAACCCAUUGGACACUUUGUCAAAUGAGGACAUUUUCUCGAGGCGGUUCAUCAGUUUUCCGACGGGACAGGAACUGGCACGCGUCAAAAAUAAGUUUUUUGCCAUAGCAGGGUUUCCAAAUGUCGCUGGCUGCGUAGAUGGGACAUUCAUUAGGAUCAGAGCUCCACAUGUGAAUGAGCCAGAUUUUGUGAACAGAAAGGGCUUCCAUUCCCUGAACUGCCAGAUGACUUGUGAUGCCAAUUUCCGAAUCACCAGCUGCGUUGCGCAAUGGCCAGGAAGCUGUCACGAUUCCCGCAUGUUCCGAAACAGUAGUUUGUGUCAUAAAUUUGAAAAUGGGACAUAUCAAGGAUUACUCCUGGGUGACUCGGCCUAUCCUACCCGCCAAUUCCUGAUGACACCAUACAAUAAUCCAGUAACUCCAAAUCAGCAAAACUUCAAUAAUGGGUUAUGCCACACAAGAGUUCUCAUAGAACAAACAUACGGGAGCCUGAAGAGAAGGUUUUCAUGUCUGCAUAGUGGACUCAGAGUGGAUCCAAACAAAGCGGCUCAAAUAAUCAUUGCAUGUGUGGUAUUACACAAUAUUGGAAUCGAGCGAAGGGAUAUAAUUGACCAUAUUGUCCAUGAUGGCGAUGAUGAGGGAGGGGUUCAUAUUGAUUACCAGGGAGUCCAGGAUGGGGUGGGGUUGAGAGACCAUAUUGCUAACACAUUUUUCUGAAAUAUUUGUCUGUGACUUCCACGAAAACACCAGCCAUUUUCCUGCUUUCUCCCCUGAAAAUAAACAUAAUAGUAGUAAGUAUCCAAAAACACAGUAAAUGCAAUGUAUAUGAAUUAAGCAAUAAACAUGUCUUAAUUUUAGCAUUCCGCAAAAUGAAAAAGAGGCACAUAAUCAUGUAAUAGAAUGGGAUUGAUAUUGGGGUCAAAAAGUCAAAUAUUAAGGUCACUGUUACUGAAUAUAGACAUUUUUGGCAUUGCUUUCAACAUUUAUAUGUUGCUUAGGAACUUCAAGAGUUGGCAAGGUCGUUUGUUAUGAGUUAUGAGAUAUAAGAUAACUUUAGACUGACCUUUUUGCAUAUAAUAAGACCUGCUAAAAUUAACUCAGAGGUUAGCUCAUCCAGCCUCACUCCCUCCACAAGAAUCAACACGAUCAGUUUAAUCUAUAACUUCCAACCAAAAUAUUAUCUAUGGCUACUUCGCUACCUAAAUAAAACUUCAAAGCUGCCCACGAGCCAAAGCUUAUAAAAUGCAUAGCAACUUGU